ACGCUCGCGCCCCGCCAUCUUGAAAGUAGCGGGUGUGAUGGGGAGUUGCGUGAAUGCGUUGAGCGGACCGCUGUUUUACAUUUUAGAAGCUGUGUGACUGGAAGAUGGAUGGUCAGAAGUUCUGCCUCAAGUGGGAUGGGUUCCAGAGCAGCGUCACCUCUCUGUUUGACCACCUCCGACAAGAUGAGGAGUUGGUGGACAUCACCUUGUGCUGUGAGGGCCAGAAAGUCAGGGCACACAGAAUGAUGCUGUCUGCAUGCAGCCCAUACUUCAGGGAUCUCCUAAAAAACAAUCCAUGCCAGCAGAUGGUUUUCUUCUUGAAAGAUACCUCUGCAGCAGAUCUACGUGCUGUGAUAGAGUUCAUGUACAAGGGCAGCGUGAACGUGGCCCAGAGCCAGCUGGCCAGCUUCAUCAAGACGGCGGAAAUGCUGCAGAUCCGCGGCCUCAGUGGUGAUGAUGAAAAGCAGUCGUCGCCAGUGCCGCGGCGGACGGCCGGGACUGCGCCGCCGGCGUCG